AGGCCGGAAGUGACCGCGUUGCGGCGACUGCCUCUCCAGAAAUACGAACUACCGAGGCUACCCUACGGUAUUCAGUAAACCAAUACAAGUCCAAGAGCAUGGAGCCAGCGCGCCCUCCCCCGACGGCGGGGAAGUUUGUGGUGGUCGGCGGCGGCAUCGCGGGCGUCACCUGUGCGGAGCAGCUGGCUAUUCAUUUUCCAUCAGAAGAUAUUCUCCUGGUAACAGCUUCUCCUGUUAUUAAAGCAAUCACAAAUUUCAAGCAGGUUUCUAAAAUAUUGGAAGAAUUUGAUGUUGAAGAACAACCUAGUACCAUGUUAGAAAACCGCUUUCCCAACAUUAAGGUUAUAGAAUCUGGAGUAAAGCAGCUGAAGAGUGAAGAACACUGCAUUUUAACAGAAGACGGCAACCAGCAUGUAUAUAAGCAGCUCUGCCUGUGUGCCGGAGCUAAACCAAAAUUGAUAUGUGAAGGAAAUCCUUAUGUGUUAGGAAUCCGUGAUACGGACAGCGCUCAGGAAUUUCAGAAACAGCUCACUAAAGCUAAAAGAAUAAUGAUCAUAGGGAACGGUGGUAUUGCACUUGAGUUAGUGUAUGAAAUUGAAGGCUGUGAAGUGAUUUGGGCCAUUAAAGAUAAGAAUAUUGGAAAUACAUUCUUCGAUGCAGGAGCAGCAGAAUUCUUCACUUCAAAGCUCAUUACGGAAAAACCAGAGGCUAAUGUUGCACAUAAAAGAACCAGAUAUACAACUGAGGGAACGAAAAAGGAAGCAAGAACCAAAGCUAAGGCUAGUAAUGUAGGCAGUGCCUUGGGACCUGAUUGGCAUGAAGGCUUGAAUCUUAAAGGAACAAAAGAGUUUUCUCACAAGAUUCACAUUGAAACCAUGUGUGAAGUAAAGAAAAUCUACCUUCAGGAAGAAUUUACAAUUUUGAAAAAAGAGUCCUUGACUUUUCCAAGAGACCAUCAUAAUAAGCCGGUUAAAACAACUGAUAAAGAGAUGUGGCCAGUAUAUGUGGAAUUGACCAAUGGAAAGAUAUAUGGCUGUGAUUUCAUUGUCAGUGCUACAGGAGUUACACCAAAUAUAGAGCCUUUUGUCCAUGGCAACAAUUUUAAUUUAGGACAAGAUGGUGGCCUGGAAGUGGAUGACCAUAUGCACACGUCACUUCCUAGUAUCUACGCUGCAGGCGAUAUCUGCACUGCAUCUUGGCAACCGAGCCCAGUCUGGCAGCAGAUGAGGCUGUGGACUCAGGCAAGACAGAUGGGGUGGUAUGCAGCAAAGUGCAUGGCUGCAGAUAGUUUAGGAGACUCUAUUGACAUGGAUUUCAGCUUUGAACUUUUUGCUCAUGUAACAAAAUUUUUUAACUAUAAGGUUGUAUUACUGGGAAAAUACAAUGCACAGGGUUUAGGUUCAGAUCAUGAAUUAAUGCUGAGAUGUACCAAAGGACAAGAAUACGUCAAAGUCGUCAUGCAGAAUGGGCGAAUGAUGGGAGCAGUCUUAAUUGGUGAAACUGAUUUGGAAGAAACAUUUGAAAAUCUAAUUCUAAAUCAAAUGAAUCUUUCCUCAUAUGGAGAAGACCUGCUAGAUCCAAAUAUUGAUAUAGAAGAUUAUUUUGACUAAAACACGCAUUUCAAGCACAUGAAGUUUCAAACAAGAAAGAAAUCCCAAGCCAGUAAAAUGAAUGACUGUAAUGAUUUAAUGAUGAGUACAAUGAAGUUAAUUCAGAAGUGAUAAUGAUUUUAGUGAACAAAUAUAGAAAGAAAAUUAAUUUCUAAGGACAAAAUCAGUUCAAAUAUUUGUAUGUAUAUUUUUGUACCAUAAAACUGACCAUUGAGAAAUCUUAAAAUGACCCAUUUCUUUGUUUUAAACUGACAUGUCCAUUUGUGAUUUAGAAUUGGAGCAAACAGUGCUUAUCUGCUUAGCCAAAAUGUAGUAGACUACAGUCAUUCUUUGAUGAAGAUUUUGAGAUAUCAAAAUAGGGCUGUGGUUUUAAAAACUUACAGUUUUAUUCUACUCAGAUUGUAGCAAUAUCUUAUUCUCUAAUAUUGUUUUUAUUAUUCCUUUAUUGUUUGGAUUCUACAGCUGUUUUUAUGUCCUGAAAUCAUCCACAUUAUUCCGCUUAAAUGUAUCACUCACUUUCAGUGAGAAAACAGAAAAUUUACAGUAUAAUAAUACUGCUAUCAAAAGAUUGUUGUGUCAAAAGAAAAAAUAAACUAGGCAUAUCAAGGCAUAAAGAGCUUCAGAUAGUAUGUGAACUAUUCUUUUGAGUAUUUUACAUUUAAAAAAAUUUAUAUUUCUCCCCUUGUUGCAUACUAUAAAAUUAUUGUGGUAAUUCAUGAUCUCAAAUUUUCCCAAAAAAUAUAGUUGUUCAAUAACUCAGAGACAAGCCCUGAAAGUAUAGAGCUACCAUAUGUAUAUUAUUGAAAUUGUCCUAAAACUUAAGCUUUUAAUUAACUACAAAAAUAAUAGUGUAUACAUGCAUAAACUGUUCUUUUCUUGGAAAACUGAGUAACACUCAUCUCAGACAUCAUCAAGUUUCCUUUUCUUAGCUCCUGUAGUCUUAGAAUCGGAUUGCUGAAGCAUGUUUGCAGACUUCUGGAAGUUACCUGAUUUUUUUUCUGGCCUCUUUCUCUCAGCUUGUUCAGAAUGACAAGUUUGAGGUGAUUCAACCUGCAAAACAAUAACGAAGCAAGUACCCUGGUAAAAAUUCACCUAUUCAGUUUUCUUGAGAUUAAUAAUACUAAAAUAUUCAUAUCACUUAGCUCUUUAAUAGUCUAUUUUUUUUAUAUUCAAAUUUCUACUGAAAUAAGAGUCUUACCCACCUAUUCGAUAGAGGGGCUAUGUAUGGUAUGUCAGAAAAAAAAUUCUAAAGAAUACCCCAAGUGUCCUUAGAUACAAUGAUGAAUGGCAUGAUUUUGCAGGCUUGAUAGUAUAUGGUUUAGAACAGUGGUUUCCAACCUCUGGAGCUAUACAGGCAGACUCCUCAACUAAUACUGAUCACAACCAAUAUCAUGAGGGUGGGGUGCAGCACAAGAUUAGACAUUAAAAUGGAGUUAUCACAUUCAAAAAGUUUGGAAACCCCUAGUCCAUCUUAAAAGGUCUCAGUUCUUCCACUUAAUAUCUCUACAGCAAACAAAGUUUAUUUUUUCCCCCACACCCAAAUCUAAGAAAAAAAAUAAGUGACUUAUUUCUUCUCCUAUUCACUUGGAUCUGGGAAAGUACUAGUUAAAGGAAAACCUCCUACAGGUGUUAAUGUACUUUAGAAAAAUAUAUAGAAAUUUAAAACGAAUAGCCAGCCAGUUACCCUGAAACAGCUUUGUGUAGGUUUCUUUACUUGCAUGGUAAUAACGUGUGCCUCAUUGUUCAGAAGAUUAGCUUUAGGUCCUAUUUUCAAAUAGGAAAUGGUAGCAUAAGCUGUAAAACUGUAGUCUUCUCUGCAGAAGAGAAAAAUCAACAAUCAGAAAGGUUUUGAAGGAGUCACUGAUUACGAAAAACUGAAAUUUAUAAAAGCAAAAUAACUAUGUAUACUAAUUUUAAGUAACAAUGAUGAAAUAAGAAUAAAGCAAACUGUAAGAAUGAA